GUCCCUUGCAGCUGAAACAAGUAAAAGAAAAAAAUGUUUCAUCUCGCGAAACUUUGAAACAAAUUGAAUUUCCCAUUGUGUAAAAGCGUAACACCUUACACAAUGGCUGACGUCGGUCAUCAUUUGUUCGGUUCGUUGGAGUUUUCAGUGGGCAACCGAAUGUAAUAUAGUCUUGGUAGCAUCUCUUCUUCUUUCUCUUCCUCCUCCUCUACUUUUUCGUUCUUCUCUGAGCUUGUUUCUUUUUUUUUUAAAAACAGUUUAGUAGUUGGUUAAAUUCCAUUGAAUAUUGUUUGUUUUUCAUUCCGCAGACGCGUUUGACGACUAAAAAUCCGAGAAGAGUGAAAACUUAAUACAAAGAGUGUCCAGUGUCAAAUAACUGACAAAUAACGAUCAGUGUCAUCACUAAUUAUUUUCAUUUUUACAUAACUCACUCACACAUAUCGAUAUAUAGAUAUAUAUAUAUCUAUAACUUUCCCAUACCAUGUCACCAUUACCUAAGAAAAGACAUAGGCCCGCUUCCCUUGAUUUGGAGACUCCUUCACAAAAUGACGUUGCCGUUCGUAUAGUGAGUCCUGGACUCCCACCACUUAAUGAAAAAAUGAAGACCACUGUCAAGAUCUCGCAGAAGAUAGAACAACAACAACGUCACUUGAUCGCUGCCAGAAACCAAUCUAAUCCAAAUUCAUCUAAUAAUCUGUCCUUUCUGAAUGCGCUGGGCGCACUGGGGCUGGGUACUCUGGGAGUUUCAUCUGUUGCCUCUUCAGCCAACUCCUCGGCUAUUGGUAUCCCCAUACAUGUAACUACUGCUACCACUAGUACCUCGGAGCAAUCAUAUGAUCUCACCGAUGGCAUGGAUAAACUCGUCACACCAACAACUGCCAAAAGGCUCAAACGAGAAAAUAUCCCCAGUCCACUUCACAUUUCAUCAACUCAGUCAAAUUCCCCUCAAUAUAGACCUUCAAUACAAUCGGCUCCUAUCAGAUCAUUCAAGCUGCAAUACCCACAAGCACCCCUCCGGCCCAUGGUUGGUCAUCGUCGACUCCAGCAUGGGGUAGUUGCCCCACAAUAUCAACAACAACCACAGCCUCCACACGGGGUACAGAUGGGACCAGUAGGUGCACCUAAAAGACUCAGGGCUCCUGGAUAUACAGUUGGUCAAAGUGGAUUUCAUGCUGGUCAACCUAUUGGUCAACCUAUUGGUCCACCUGUUGGCCAACCAAUCCCAGCAUAUAUCCAUUCUCCAUACCGUAAAAUGAGAGUUGUAACACCAGCGGGCCAGUACUUUUCUGGAGUUCCUAGAGGACCUGGAACUGCAGCAGCUGCUGCAGCAGCUGCAACCACACCAGCUGUUCGUGCCUAUCCAAUUUCAACAGCUUUGGGUCAACCACAACAAUACUUUAUUCCAUAUUCUUAUCAUCAUCAAAAUCAGAAUCAACAACCACAGCCACAACCACAAUACGUACUUCCACAAAACUCAUCUACUCCUAUCCAUCGGAGUAGUAAAAGAUCAGUCACUGACGUUUAUCAUGGAGAUUUCACCCGAGCGGCUCCACCUCAAGCACAACCUUUAUCAGCACAAUAUGAAUAUUUUGGCGGAUCUUCUGGGAAUAGGUCAGACCGUCUCCCAGUGACAGAUGAAGAGAUUAUUGAAAUGCAGAAUAAAUAUAAAGAUGAGGGCGGAGAUGAAGACCCCGAGGAUGCAGCCAUUGAUGAUGACGAUGAAAAGCAUUCGAGAAUGACAUGGAAAAGUACCGAAUAUGGUCAGAUAUUUGGAUCCAUUAAUUUGAUGAAUGAGAGUGUGUUUAAUUUCAAGAUCUUUAAGAGUGCCCCUAAUCUGGAGCCAACCAAAACUGAAGAUUCCAAAAUUGAAAAAAAGGGAGAAGAAAAGGAGUAUGAAGUAGAAAAGGAGCACGAACAAGAACAGGAAACUGUGACUACGAAGAAGAAUGAAGAAACUGUCUCCACAGAGGAACCUACUGUCGACUCUUCUAAGUCAGCUCGUGAGGUGUCACCAAGUCCAAAGGAUACGUGGUUAUCUCAAGAGAAGGCAAAAUUUAUGAAAAUAUGUGAAACAAGCUGGGACGAGUUCAUCAGUACAAGAAUGUAAAAUAUCAGUACCAGAC